AUGGGUGAUGCCCCCUCCGCACUGAAACGGCCACUAAAAAAUGCUUUACAGUUAGCCUGCAAGACGCUGCGAUCUCUUUGCGGAAUUCUUGAGGACAACAUCAAGAAUGAAGUGGACAGAUUACAGUCUGGUCUGGCAGUCAGCGCGGCGGAGGUGUCUGGAGAGAUCGACCGGAGAGGGGCGGAGAUAAUCCAGAAACUGACGGAAACUGUCCACGCGGAGCAGAACAGGCUGAAGAAAUAUUUAGAAACUUCUGUUGUAAUUACUAACAAAGACAUUGACACACUAUUCACUGAAGAUAAACAUUUAUUGCAAAAAGCAAAAGAAAACUUAAAACUGGGCGAAAACCUCAUAAAAUCAGGGUCAGAUUCUGACAUCAAAAUAAAUCUUUCUAAAUUAACAAAAAUAGCUUCAGAAAUUUCUCAAACAAAUCCUAAAACUGAAAUUCCCGAGUUGAAAAUUACUUUGACCGACUCGAAAAAGAAAAACACUGAAACUUUUUCUGUUGACAUUGGAGAAAUAUUAAAACCCGACAUAAAAUCUCUGACAGACAGGCAGACACUGACAGACACCUGGACAGACACCCAGACAGACAGACAGACACUGACAGACACCCCGACAGACAGGCACACAGACAGACUGACACUGACACAGACAUUUCACACAAAGAUAUCAUCAGAUAAACGUAAUCCUCAUCUAGAUUCCAUCGCAGUGCUGGGAGGAGAAAGAUCUAAGAAAAUUGUUGUAAGUGAUUUCUUCAACUUCUGUGUAAAAUAUUUUUCGGUUGAAAACUUUAAACUGUUUAAAUACGAUCUUCUCAGUCAACCACGCGGCCUUGCUAGGUCACGUGACCAGCAGGUUGUUGUAGUCCUGCCAUGGAAACGUCAAAUAUUAUAUCUGGAUAUACAAGAUGACAUCCGCCUGACAAACACACUGAACAUUGGGAAACCGUACGAAUACAUAUCAGUGUUACCUAGCAACCAUCUGGCGGUCAGUGUGUGGAAUGGUGAUGGUGUGUCUGUAGACAUACUGGAUGAGGGGGGUCGCGUCAUUCAGUCUCUCCCCCACGACUUGAUCCCAAGCCCCUCGUGUCUCACAGUGAAAGGCGACUCUCUGGUUGUUGUAUCAGAGAACAACAGUUUGAAAUGUGUGACGUCAUCAGGACUCGUCACGUGGCAGUCACGUGAUUCAGCAAAGCUACGUCAUCUACGCGGUGUCGCGUGUGACAUGGAAGAGUUUGUUUAUGUUUGUGAUGUUCAGACAAAUUGUAUUGUCCAGUUGUCAAGUGAUGGAGAGGUCAUCCGUGACGUCAUCACGCGCCAGGAUGGAUUGUCCAGACCUUGGUUUGUCUGUUGUGACCAGGAUACACUUUAUGUGACCCAGGAAGAUGGACACGUUAAAAUAUUUAGAUGGAUGAAAGCCAACCCGUGA